AUGAUUAGGGGACCGAAGGUGGUGAUGCCGCCGCUGGGGAUUCUGCAGUCUAUCGUUAGAAGGACUCAAAAGUCAGUGGAGAGGAAAAAGGGCGUACGAGAUCGAAAACAUCAGCGCAAACCAGAAGAACGACUUCAAGUCGAGAAAGGCCUCCUUGACGUGCGCCCACUUCCACUCGAACUGGGAUUGCAUGGGCGAGUCCGGGAGGAAGAAGAGGACGACGAACGCAAAGGCGACCGUGACGAGGCCGAAGAAGAGGAAGAUGAUCUGGUAGGGGGCGAGGCUGGAGUGGAUGUGGCCGAGGCCGAAGGCGAUCAGACUGCCGAACUGUUUGCACCGGUUAGUAUGAGAAGCGGUGGUGCCUGGGGAUGGCUGACCAUGUUGACGACGCCGUUCAUGGCAUACCACGAACUUAGACGCAUGGGCUGCUCGCGUCGACGGUACCACAUCUGGGUGAUGGCGAUGAAGGCAGGGGCUGCCAUCGUCAGUCGGAGGAAGCCUGAUACAACAGAGACACCUACGAAUCCCAGACUCAAACAAUCCCAGAAAGAGCCGACAAGCCAGAAGCCCACCAAACGACCUGGCUGGCGUCAUGCACGCGAGCGAAAUGCCCCAGAAGAACACCAUCACCGCAAGGAACUUGCCCAGCCUGAUCUUGACGAGGAUGUACGCGAUAGCCGGCUGAGCAACCAGCUGCACGAGGUAAAUGCUCGAACCGAGCCAGGAGUACUGCUGUCCGUGGAGGUUGGCAUCUUCGAUGAGACCAAACACCGAGCCAUAGGAGAGGGUCGACUUGUCGAGUUGCUGCAGGAAGUAGAUGCCCAGCAGGAUGGGGAGGAGACGGAGGUCGAUGCGCCGCAGGACGCGCUUGUUGUUCUCUGGAGUGAGGAUGGUGGAGUGGCCGGCGUCUUCGAUGAGCUCGAGAGCCCGGUCUUUGCGGCCGUCUUGGGGUUCUGGAUGGGAGGGUUGCACGGGUGCGAGUGCUGGAGACGGGGCAAACUCGAUGCGUUCGUCCUGGGUGGACUUGGGAGGAGGGAGGCCGCACGGGGGAGGGCAGUUAUAUCUAGUAUACUCAGAACCUGGGGCACCCCGCGGGGAAAUGAGACUCCCAUGGGCAACUGGGGAAUGUUCCACAUCGGACGAAGGCAGGCAAGUCCGAUGGCCAUCAGCCCAUUAAGCUCUAGCUGCAGUCUAAAGCUGCACUAUCUGCAGGCUACGGACCAUCUCCGACCUUCAUUCACCGUCCGCAUCCAAUGGCGCCCUCGUGCCGAGCACCUUGGGGUAAUUUCGCUCUUCGGGCUCCUCGACCGACUGGAGGGAGUGGUAUACGUCGGAGAUGCCCGCGAGCACCGAUGCAGCUACGCCAUCGUACCUGCAGCCCCUCAGGUGCCCCUCAGGCGUGGGGGGAGCUGCUGGAGCCAGGUAGGAUUCAAAUACAGCUUCGUUGUCGCCUCAAUUGCCAUUGCCAUUACUUCACUGAUCACUUCCAUCAUGCCGCAGAAAGAGUACACGCCCAAGGGCUACACCCAGACCCAGACCCAGGGCGCCAGUCCAGCCGUCUUCCUUCACUCCAAAGGCGCGAACAAGCGCUCGUUCGACUUUUCUUUCGAAGCCGUCCGCGAGAAUCUCUUCCGUGUUACCUUCACCUCGCCCUCCCACCCCCUCCCUCCAUAUCCCAGCGCCGCGAAGCCGGAAACAAGCCUGCAUGGCGUCGAGAUCUCCACGAGAACCAGCGACUCCCGGAAAGAGAAAGAGAUCGAGGUUGGAAAUGUCAGGGCUACAGUGACCUGGGAGAAUACACCCGUCGUCUCGCUGUCGUGGAAUGACGAGGACAAGCCUCUCUACCGCGAUCUGCCUCUGCGCUCGUAUGUCAUUGACGGCGAUGGCAUCGCGCACUACACCGAGCACGACCGCAAGGCGCUGCACGUCGGAUUGGGAGAGAAGUCUGCGCCCAUGGACCUGACGAGCCGGCACUUCCAGCUCUCUGCGACCGACAGUUUCGGCUACGAUGUCUACAACACCGAUCCCCUGUACAAGCAUAUUCCCCUCCUGAUCAAGGCGACGCCGACCGGGUGCAUCGCUAUCUUCUCGACUACACAUGGACGGGGGACGUGGUCGGUGGGUUCGGAGGUCGAUGGGCUCUGGGGCCACUUCAAGGUGUACCGUCAGGACUUUGGUGGGCUGGAGCAGUACCUCAUCGUCGGGAAGACAUUGAAGGACGUGGUAAGGUCCUACGCUGAGCUCGUUGGCUUCCCCCUCGCCGUCCCCCGCUGGGCAUACGGGUACAUUUCCGGUGGGUACAGGUACAGCGCGAUGGACGAGCCGCCCGCACACCAGGCACUCAUGGAAUUCGCCGACAAGCUCAAGGAGCACGACAUCCCCUGCUCCGCGCACCAGAUGAGCUCGGGGUACUCCAUCGCCGAGCACGAGCCGAAAGUCCGCACCGUCUUCACCUGGAACAGAUACCGCUUCCCUGACCCGGAGAAGUGGAUUUCGCAGUACCACUCGCGCGGUAUUCGUCUUCUCACCAACAUCAAGCCCUUCACGCUCGCCUCGCAUCCGGACUUCCAGAAACUAAUCAAUGGGAAUGGAUUCUUCAAAGACCCCGAGACCGGCGAGCCCGGAUACAUGCGGCUGUGGAGUGCGGGAGGCGGAACAGGCGGCGACGGAUGCCAUGUUGAUUUCACGUCUGCCGUCGCCUUCAAGUGGUGGUAUGACGGCGUGCAGUUCCUCAAGCGCUCCGGCAUCGACGGCAUGUGGAACGAUAACAACGAGUAUACCCUUCCCAACGACGACUGGCGUCUAGCCCUCGACGAACCGGCCGUCUCCGAGGCCGCGAAGAAGCAGACGGACAACACCGUCGGUCUCUGGGGCCGAGCCAUGCACACCGAGCUCAUGGGCAAGGCGUCCCACGAUGCCCUGCGAGACCUGGAGCCGAAUGUGCGGCCGUUCGUUCUGACUCGAAGCGCCACCGCCGGCACGAUGCGAUACUCGGCCAGUACAUGGAGCGGCGACAACGUGACAAGCUGGGAGAGCAUGAAGGGCGCCAACGCACUGUCCCUAAACGCAGCGAUGUCCCUUCUCCAGUGCGAAGGCCACGACAUCGGCGGCUUCGAAGGCCCGCAGCCCUCGCCCGAGCUCCUCCUGCGGUGGAUCCAGCUGGGCAUCUACAGCCCGCGCUUCGCAAUCAACUGCUUCAAGACGUCGCCGGCCAACAACGAGGUCGGCGACGUCAUCGAGCCCUGGAUGUACCCGGAGAUCACGCCGCUGGUGCGCGCCACCAUCAAGCGGCGGUACGAGAUCCUGCCGUAUAUCUACAACCUCGGGCUGGAGAGCCACUUCUUUGCGUCGCCGCCGCAGCGCUGGGUGGGUUGGGGGUAUGAGUGUGAUCCGGAGGUGUGGAGUACGAAGCUCAAGCGCGGCGAGGAGCAGUUCUGGUUCGGCGAGACGAUUCUGGUGGGUGGUGUAUAUGAGCCUGGGGUUGAUGUUGCGAGGGUUUAUCUGCCGAGGAAGAAGGGGGGUGAGUUUGACUACGGCUUUGUCAAUAUGAAUGCGCCGUAUACGUACUUUGCGUCCGGGCAGUGGGUUGAGGUUCCGUCGGCGUGGAAGGAGAGUAUCGCGCUGCUGGCGAAGAUUGGCGGUGCGAUCCCCGUGGGCAAGGCUGUGCAGACGAGGGUGCCGGGUGAUGAGACGGAGGCUUCGCUGGCCGUGGCGGAGCUCGACGACUACCGCGGUGUGGAGAUCUUUCCUCCGCGGUCCAGCUCGCAUGGGACCGUCUUUACCACGACGUGGAUGGAGGAUGAUGGGAUCUCGGUUGAGCAGAAGGUGUCCAGGUACACUAUUACGUACGAGUCGACCGAGGACCGGGUGAUUGUUGGGCUCAGCAAGGACGAGAGCAGCGGGUUUGUGCCGGCUUGGAGGGAUCUGGAUAUCAUCCUGCACCAUGGGGAUACACGCAGAGUUGUGUCUGAUGAUGGGAAGACGGUUGAGUACAAGGGCACGGAUGAGAGGGGGAGGGAGGUCUACACGUUCAAGUAUUAG